GGUAUUUUUGUCCUUACGCCAUACUGGACGUGACUCCGUUUUGACGUAUGAAUCAUUCUUCCCAAGAUGGCGUUGCACCUGCUGCUCUGUCCGUGAUCCUUGUUGUUGUCUGCGUAAGAAAUCAAAGCCACAGAAGCGGAGUGCGAGUGGACCGGUGACUGAAGUAACUGCUCAAAUUGACAGGGAACCCACAAUGUCUACGGAGGAGCUGUCAGCUUCGGAUAGCGAGGCUGUCCUGGCCGGCACAGGGGAGCGAUGGGCACCGGUAGGCGCUGUGGCCAGUCCCGAGGAUGAGAGCGGGAGCAGCGGCCAGCCGUCGCUGAGAGUGUCAUCCUCGGAAACCAAGGAGGAAAUGGCUGCCAGGCUGGGGAAGCUGGAGGAGGAACAGGAACUGUUGAACUCUUCUCUUCUCGCCCUCACUUCGCACUUCGCUCAGGUUCAGUUCCGACUGAAGCAGAUUGUUCACGCCCAGAGCGACGAGAAGGAGAGGAUGCUGGUGGAUCUGGAGGAGUUCGCCUUUAGGGGCUGCCCGCAUGUUGUGGGUUGCAGGGCUCAGGAUGCCAAACACCUGGAGAACUCGGUGAGACUUUUACUCUUGAAAAACUCAGAUAUAACCACAGAGACCCCACAAACUCCGCCUCGAAAGAUAUGAUGUAGAAAACAUCCCCAUCGUUACUUCAAUACCGUUGCUGAAUAAAGUAAUCACGUUUUUCGGCCACAAAUUUGAUGAAAUUCUCAAUCCCCAAGUUUGAAGGAUUUUCCUGAUUUCUGUGAUACUGUCCUGUGACAUUUAGCGGUAUUUUUUGCACUUGUAUUUUUUCAAGUAUUCUAACAUUAUAUUACUGUUUCAUCUAUAUCUAUAGCUUACCUACUGUUAUACUGUGUGAGCACUUUUCUUGCAUGUUUCAUAAAAUUCCUUCUGCAGAAAGGGUUAGUCAGAAUAGGACGUUUCUCUGUACUGUGACUUGAUCAUAUAUAUGCUUUUAUGAUGAAAGUGGAGUACACCAGUCAACAUGUUUUAGAUAUUUUUAAUUUUAAAAAAUCCUCAUAUUAACUAUUACCUAAGAAAGACUUAACAAUAACCUGUACAUACAAAUGUAUGGUACACUGUGGGGUACAAUACUACAACACUAGUUGUACCACAGGGUCUAUGUAUAGGACAUACCCACACUUUUCUCUGUGUGAUUUUCUUCUAACAAUGUGGGGGAAAAGUAAACUACACUAAAGCAAUCUGUAUUUUCAUGGAUCUUGGAUAUAUUUUCACCACUUUGUAUUAUUUUAAGACUAGAUAUUAUUAACCAUUUUAAGAAGGACAACUGUCAUGAUGAUGAUAAUUUAUCAGUGGUUAGUUCCAGCAGUUCUUGUCAGCAUUCAGCUUAGUUGGACUCACUUUUAGUCACAGCUAUGAUUGUAGACAGAAAGGUUCUUAGUGAAUCUGCGUGGUGUUAAAGCUGCUGACAUUUACAGAUGUGAUUCACCUCAGGGCUCAAUGAUUCCUGAUCCAGGCUAAUUAAAGUGAGUGUGUGGCGUCACACUGGAGGCUGCUGUGCCCACUUCUGUUUUGAUCCCUGACAUCUCUUAUCUCAGUCAGACAAUGUUGCUUUCGACAACAAGUGUUGACUUACAGCCCUGCUCGCUUAAUGAAAAGGCCUGGAGCGGGUCAGUAUCUGUUUAAUGACGACUUCUGUGUACACAGUGGAGUCAAAGCAGCCUGCUUUUUUCCUGCUAUUGUUUGCUCCCCACCUCUUAACAUUUCUUCUUAGCUAGAUCAAAACCUUACAUCACUUGCAAUCACUGUGUACAUUUAUACCCCACCCUAAAGGUCUUUGCAUGUCAUUCUCUCUUGUUACAUGCUUUACAUGCAGGGGGAGCUGGUGAGUAUAAACCCUGAUGUCUCUUUAAAAUGUUUAAUUUGUGACGUAUGAUAAAACAACACGAUAACAAACCUAUGUUCAUUGAGAUCUGAGUACAUAAUGUCUUGUGUUCCUGUGGUCAUUCAGACCUCCCUGUGUUUACAGAUUAAACUCAUUGUGUGUGUUUCCUUCCCUCAGAGUGAGAGGGAGAAGCGGGAGCGCCUGGAGGCUCAGAGGGAAAAACAGAAGGAUCUCAUUUUCCAGCUGAAGACGCAGCUGGAUGAUCUAGAGCGCUUUGCCUAUCAGGAAGGCAGCUAUGACUCGCUGCCACAGUCUGUCGUCAUGGAGAGACAGAAGGUGGGACUGUGAUGUUAGAGGGUAUGACUCCAUGACAGCAUGAAAAACAAGAGCCCCAAUAGAUAAAACCAAGCUUCUGUUCUGUCCAAAUUAUCCCCACUUGCCUGUCAGUUAGGCUGUGCUCAUUAUGUAGUGUUUACAUGUGCCAGAUCAGGCAAAACAAGUCCAACUUCUGUUUUUGAAAUACCUCAGGCUGUAGUGUUAAAGAACAGUUCAGUAGUCUGGAAGCCUGUUUAAACAAAGCUCAGUAAAUCUUCUCUAUUUCUUUGAAAAACUCUAGACUGACCAAGAAAUGCUUAAUGACAGCAUAUGAAAUCUGGGUGGAGGAAUGCUCUAGCAAAGCCAACACCAGCAUGUUAACAGAACUACCUGAAUAGGUGUAGUGGUUACCAUAUUCACCGUCUGGCCUUAUUGUUUUAGUGUGCUAGUAUUUGGUCAUUUUCCUCAAACUUUCAUGUCUGCUUCUACACUCCAAAUUGGUGAAAAGAUGCUGCAAACCAAAGCUCUAAACAUUUUUCCCUAUGUUUUGAUUAUAUCCUCUCUAAAUCAAAUGUGUUCUUUAUUCCCAUUAAAGCAGACGAUUGUUAUGGCCCUGAUAGUACUUGCCAGAGCUUUCAUGAUACCUGCACUAAUCCCAAUCUGCACCAGUGGCCCAUGACACCAGCUCUGUUUUGUCUUACUUUAGGACAUCAAGUCCACGCUAAAACAUGUGUUAAAAGAAGCAAGUCCGUAUGUGUUGUCACUUUGCUCUACAUGGGGACAAAAGUUUGUCUUAGCGUUAGAGUCUGCUGCCCACACAAGCCGAAAUAGUGUCACAGAAGUGAUGUUAUCGUUCCUUCUGGCAAAUGGGUUAAAGCACUGUUAUAGUGGAGUGUUUGUCACUGUGUUAAUAGUUGAAUGAGAUAGUUUCUGUUAACCGCUUUUCACAAACAAAAAUCUUUCUAGAUAAUGAAAAGCAGAUCAUAGGUUGCUGUUGCGUAGUUCAUCUUAAAACGUCUGAAUAAAACAGUGCAAAAAGAGUCAGAAAAGUCAGAGAAGACUAAGAAACAGUGUAAAAUUUGAUCAUAAUCCUGCCAAAAGUUGUUGAAAUGUUUAAGUUCUGACAGAAUCGACUGCUCACACAGAGCCAUAUAGUUAUCAUAGCUUAUAAUGCCCUGAUAAAAAGUGAGUGAAUGCCAAAUUUGACUAUGACUGAAUUAUCCACCAACAUAAUAACCAUAGGAAAUAGAUUCUCUACCAGGGAGGAAUUGCAAUGAGUCACUUUUACACCCUUUAUUCUGACUGACAUUUUCAGGUCAUCAUUGACGAGUUGAUCAAAAAGCUUGAUGUCAACUUGAAUGAGGACAUUGGGAACCUGUCGCCAGAGGAGCUGAGACAGAGAGUAGAUGCUGCCAUCGCUCAGAUAGUAAACCCAGCCCGGGUCAAAGAGCAGCUGGUGGAUCAGCUCAAAACCCAGAUCAGAGACCUGGAGAUGUUCAUCAACUUCAUUCAGGGUACACACUGUCUCAGAGACAGAUCAGACUGUGUCAGAGUUUACAGUUUCAGCUUUUCAUUACCAUAAUUUGUAUGUAGCAUAAUUUCUUUGAUACAUUUCAGUAAAUAGCUUGGUUUGUUUUGUUUUGUUUGUUUUUUUCUGAAAAAGAUGAGGUGGGAAACCCUCUCUUAUCUGAUGCCGGACACAGCCAGCAGAAACAAGCAGCAGGUGCUGACAGCAGAACUCCAGGAGUGAAGAAGAAAGGUUGGUUAAUUCUUCAAAGACAUAUUAAUGGAAAUCCCUAUUGGUUAGAGAAGAGAUAAUAACAUCACCACUGUUGGUGCCUAGUGUGAAUGAAUCUGUUAAUGAAUUCCUCUGUCUUCUCUCCCUGCAGUGGACCCAGAGCAGGCCCAGAAGAUGCGGGAAACAGGCCUGCAGCUGAUUCAGAAAGCCCUUGCUGUGCUGCAGAUCUUCGCUGCCAGCCAGUUCGGCUGCGGACCCGGCCAUGUUCCUCAAAGCAUGUGGCCUCAAGAGACUUCAGGGCAGGACUAUGGGCCCCUGCUGCAGAAACUAGAGGCUGCUGUGGAUAAGGUGCGAGUGCUGGGCUCCUGCAGACAGCCAGCCCUCGAACACGUAGUCAACUACACCAGCAACACUUCUCUGGGACCCCGAGAUGAGCUCACGUCAGCUGUGAGGAAGGAGCUCUCAAUCGCUCUGAAAGACUUGUUGGCACAUGGCCUCUUUGCGCCCUCCCAGACCAUGAGCCUGGUUCUGGCCCCCAUUUCCUGCCUGCUGCCUUACAGACCUGCCACACAGAACAUGCACCCAUGGGAACUCUUUGUCAAAUUCUACCACUCUAAAAACGGGAAAGCUUUUGUGGAGUCGCCAGCUCGCCAACUAUCUCAGUCCUUCAGCCUGACUGUAGGUGGCGGCCCGGUGACUGUCACCCCUAAACAGUCUCUGCUGUGGGCCAUCCACACAGUGCUGAAGGAGCAUGGACGCUACAAACGAGGACCAGACACAGAGUUCAAAGCACUGGUGUGCAUGGCUCUGAACGAGCAGCGGCUAGUGUCGUGGCUCAACCUUCUGUGUAAGUCAGGGACUCUUAUCCACCCGCACUACCAGUCUUGGAGUUACAUGGCACAGACGGGCUUUGAAGGAGCCCUCAGGAUCCUGGGCCGCAUCAGCCACCUAAAAUUCAACCUCCCAGUGGACCUGGCUGUGAGGCAACUGAAGAACAUUAAGGAUGCUUUUUGAGGAGAAUCCUCAUGUUGAUAAUCAUCAGCUAAACACCAACAGCAUGACUUUGUGCGUGACGUGAUUAACCUUUUGAAAGGUUCUUUCAGUAGCUGCCCAUCUGAAGUGAAAUGUGUGACGUCUACAGUACAUGCAUGAAUGAUAAUGUGUACGUUUACGAUGCCAAAAUGUUGCUACUCAUACUGUCAACAUGCCUUAGACUGGAGCUAAGAUGACCUCAUUUUUAUUGAAGCCUUCUUGACCUUUCCUACCUGUUCCUCACAAAAUCAUUUUACCUGUGAAACAUGACAGAGCUCUCACCUGUGCCACAGAGAGUGACUGGAUAGUAAUCAGGACUGUAAUGUUGUAGCCACUUAUACAAUCUGAUGGAGAGGUGGUGAGCAGAGUAGCUGUUUCAAUACUGUGGCUUCCACACAGUAACAGAGACUGCUGUUAAGGAUGUGAUGGAGGGAUAAAUCACAUGUAGCAGAUUAGGUUAUUGUAGAGCAAAGACGCAGAGCUCAGGUCAGAUUAAAAUAAAAAAAAGCAUUUUACAGGGCUGGGUGAUAAACUGUACUGGAAAGAAAACAAUAAAACUAACAUCACUUAAGACUGGACGUUACCACUCAAAAUGGGAAGUAGAUCGAUGAGUGGUGAGAACUGUAAAAACAGCCGGCAGGACAGCGUAUUUAGCUUGCACUACAUUCCAGGUUGACUACUUUUUUGCUGCUUCUACUUUGUUUUUUAUUCGAAUGAUUUAAGUCGUUGAACCAGCAAGAGUUGGGAGUAAAACAAGCUGAGGAUAAAACUGCAUUGUUCAGCAUUUUUACUGGUAAUCAUUAUCAUCAUACUGGCUUAUUCUAGUUGGAGAGGAAAAAACCUCUGAAUGUUUUCCUGCUGGGAGAAACUUUGUGAAGGACAAACUCUGAAAGCAUAUAAGUGUAAACUGCAUUGUCAGUUGUAAUCAUUGGUGUAAUUCGGUGGUCAGUUUUGGCUGGUGAGGCAGAAAUCUCUGUGAAACAUGUUUCCUCCUCCUGACCUAGAGAAUAAGCUAACAUCAUCAUCGAUAGCUCAGCUUGCUGCCACUCUAGACAUCUUUCUUUAAAUAUAUUUGUAGAAACAUGUUUGAAUAUAAAAAUGCUCCUCAGUGUUUUACCAGUUUUAAUGACCUUUGAUUAAAAGACAAUAUAGUCUGAGAUCCUCUUUUGAUAGAAUCCCAAAGUUAGACUAAUGUACCUGCUCUUUUCUUCAUGCUAGGAUCACAAGUUAAAUAUGGUCGUAUUUUCAUUGGUUGUAUCGUUCGAUAAUAUAUUAUCCAUGUAAUUCUAUGUCACCCAGCCCUGAUGCUUCCAAGCAAACAUCAUUCAUCAUUUGUUUGACAUGAUACAACUGAACACGCUCUGGACUCUGUUUUAAAACCUCUGAAGCUGUUGUUUUGCACAUUGUGUCCGGCAUGAACAUACCGGUCCUUGACCCUGUAUUAUCUGCUGCUUCUCUCCUACUCCAGUAGAAUUUAAAUGAUACAGUGCUGUUUGUAUAGAACUUAUAACAUUAUAGCUUAGAUGUAACAUAACUGUUGGAUAUCGGGGGAUUUUUUUCUGAGAAAUGUAUCUUUUAUUUAAUAUAGCUUAGUUGCACAGAUCAUAUCGUUACAAAUUGAAUGUACAAACCACAAAUGCUAUUAAACUGAGGUCAGCUUAUAUCUGCUGUAUGCUUGUGUGGUCUGAAACCUCUGAAAAGAGAAUUGAUGAAGAUAAACAGUGCACCUAUAGACACAUUCCCAUCUGUUACCUGUCAUUUUAUUUAACUCUGCUAACUGAAACCUUGUGUUCUGUUUGAGCUGUAUGAAGUAAAUGUAACUCUUUAUUUCUGCUCUGAUUUUCCCAUUUUCAUUGCAUCUUGUUGAGCUGUUAUUUGUGAUUUAUUUAAAAAAUGUUAAUUUAUUGAAAAGCAUAUUUUAGCUGAUGUAGUCACAACAUGCUGUAACACUAAGUCAUGUAGCUGGGAACAAUUAACACACUGAAUUAUUUAGAUUGUGCUAUUUAUGUUGUUUUUAUUGAGUUGCCCUCAUCACAUAAAAAUACAGCAGCUGUUAUAUUUCAGUCUGUUUUGUUUUUAUCAUGGGAAAUGCAAAGCUACAGUUGUAAAACUAUUUAAACAGUAAAGGAAAUGUUUCGCUGUUUGUGAGUGUUUGGCCCCAGGGCUCUAAAUAAAUCAAGAAAAUAAACUUUGGCUAUGAACAUUUAAA